AGCUAAGGCCAAGGAAACGUAAAUCGCUAGCCGUGUGCCCGUGUACCAGGAUCGAGCCAGAACCAUGGUGCAUCAGGCUCAGGGGCAGAUGGUGCAGGAGGUGGCCGCCGGCAGCCUCCCCGCGCCGCCGAGCCGGUACGUGCUGAGGGAGGAGGACCGCCCAACCGGCGGCGUCGCGGCGCCCGAGCUGGCCUUCCCCACCGUGGACCUGCAACGCCUGGCCGAGCCCAGCGACGUCGAGGAGGCCGGCAAGCUCCGGUCGGCGCUCGAGUCCUGGGGCCUCUUCGCGGUGACCGGCCACGGCAUGCCGGAGUCGCUCCUCGAGGGCGUCCGCCACGCGGGGAUGGAGUUCUUCCACCUGCCGCCGGAGGAGAAGCUGAGGCACGCCAACCGGACGGAGGACGGCGAGUUCCAGCCGGAGGGGUACGGCAUCGACCGCGUGGACACCGACGAGCAGGUCCUGGACUGGUGCGACCGGCUGUACCUCACGGUGCAGCCGGAGGAGGAGCGGCGGGCGCAGUUCUGGCCAGCCCGCCCGCCGUCGCUCGCGAGGCUCCUGCACGAGUACGCCCUGGGCAGCGAGCGGGUGGCCAGGCGCGUGCUCGGGGCCAUGGCGCGGGCGCUGGGCCUCGGCGAGGGGUACUUCCUCGGCCGCGUCGGCGACAAGGUCGCCUCGUACGCGCGGUUCACCUUCUACCCGCCGUGCCCGCGCCCGGACCUCGUGCACGGGCUGAAGCCCCACACGGACAACUCCGUCGUCACCGUGCUCCUCCUCGACCCCGACGUCGGCGGGCUCCAGGUGCUCAAGGACGGGCGGUGGGUGGACGUCCCCGUGCUCGGCCGCGGCGAGCUGCUCGUCGUCGUGGGGGACGAGAUGGAGAUCAUGAGCAACGCGGCGUUCCGGGCGCCGACGCACCGCGUGGUGGCGAGGGCCGGCAGGGAGAGGAUGACGCUGGCGCUGUUCUACCAGCCGGAGCCGCACAGGGACCUGGUGCCCGCCGAGGAGCUGGUCGGCGAGGGCCGGCCGGCGCGGUACAAGAAGCUCGGGGCCAAGACCUUCGCCGACGGGUUCUGGGACGCGUUCGCGCUCGGCGAGCGCACCAUUGACUUCCUCAAGGUCAAGGUCGAGCAGGAGCCGCAGGAACUGAAGGCGGCCUAAUCACCCCAGCUCUAGCUUCUUGAUCGAGCCCGUGUCAGUGUCGCCUGCCACGAACACCGUAUCCACGUUGUACACUUCCCCUGUGUCAGUGUCGAUCAGUACACGAUAGUAAGUUUGUUCACGGAAUAAUCUGGAUCGACGUGAUGGAAAUAAUAAAGUCGGUGUUGAUGCGCAA